AUGCAUCAAGCAGAUAGGGUCAAACUACAAUUUGGCCAUUUACAAGGGAUACCUGAAGAACCUCGAUGCCUGGCUGAACACCAUAAGAUGACAACAAUAAAAGCGCGCCAAAAAGCAUAUACCACAUUAUACUCUGAUGAACAAAACUGUUGGUUGCAUCGAGAAUUGUUUACGUUGGAUGGAGAUCAAUUACAAAUAGAGGAGAAACCGUCAAAUGAGUACAUGCAAUGGUAUCACUCGCUUCCAUAUAGAUAUGCAUUGUACGAACAAUUUCUCACCGACCCUCGUCAAAGUCAAUAUGCCCCUACUCAGGCAACUACAACUCCUAGUCAAGAAAAUCCUCCAACAUCAGAUGCAACACAACAAAAUCCUCCAACAACAGAGACCCAACAACAAUAUGGUUUUGGUCAUCGUGCUCCGCGACCGUGUUAUUGUUUUACCGGUGCUCGUUUCAGACCGGGUCAUCAGCAUUAA